GCAACUGCCGGCCACGGCGUGCCGGCGAUACCUCGAACCUGAGUGCUAUCUUGUCGAAUCCUGCACUUGUUCGUAGUUUUAUGACCGAAUGACCAAUAGCUAUUGCAACGCUUAGGCGGCUGCCGCUUUGUUGUGCGUAAAUGGACUACGAAUAGGGUAUAGAAGGCUUUUUCACGGUACAUCAUUACGUUUUGACGUCCAUUGAUGUGGUGAACAUCUAAUCCUGAAGACACAUCUGUGUUAAAGUCUGUAUUGUUGACAUACAUGAAUGGGGUAAAACCAAUGAACUGUCAACACUGAUGGAACAGGCGUAACGCGAAUUCAUUGCGGCUAUAAUGAGAAACGAGAAGGAUAGCGCUAGUCAGGGCAAAACAUUGGCAAAACAUCGUGGUCCAUUGUGGUAUUUCCAUAUAUGUUCUAAAGAUUUUUGGUGAAUGUUUGUUUUUAGUGACGUUAAAGAUUAAUAGUGAUAGUUUGCGACAAUUUUUAUAAACAUUUUUAUGCCGGACAGCCUUCAACAGCUGUUGUUUUAUGUGAUAUUUGUUUAGAAAUGGUUGAAUCUUGCAGUGCGGUGAAUUGUUGCAAUAGACGCAGAAAAGAUGUGAAGUUUCACAGGUUGGUUUUAAUCAUCUCAUUUAUUUUUGUGUGAGAAUUACCUGUUAAUUGGUAAUUCGAGGAAAUAUCUGGAUUUUUAGGAUACCUAGAGAUCCUAACAUGAGGAAGUUGUGGUUACAUGCUAUAAGAAGAGAACACUUUACUCCCAGUACAACAACGGUAAUUUGUGAAAAGCAUUUCACUCCAGAGGAUUAUGAAGUUAGUGUUCAUGAAAAUAAGGUACUAAAAAAGGUGGCAGUUCCAUUUGUGUUUGAUUUUCCAGCCCAUCUCAAGAAAGAACCUAGCCAUCGAAGGGUUUUGAAAAGAAAACAUGAAGAAUCCAACUCAAAAGCAACAGAACAAACUUUGGAUAUUGGUGAAGUAGUAGAAGAACAUGAAAAUGGCGAUCAUGCUGAUGAUGGAAAUAUAUUGGCAGCUGGUCCGUCAAACGUAACACAAACUAGGAUUUUUAGAAUCAAGUGAACCUUCAAACAUAUGCAAUUUAAGGGUCAGAAGAUCACCAGUAUACUUUGGGGAUUUCAAAAUUUCUGAUUUAAAUAAUGUGCAGCGUCGGAAGAGAUUUUGCUGCUCAUGAAACUGUUCAUAAGUACAAAAAAAUUAACAAGUACAGUCAGUGUAAAAUUCGUAGACAAAGAAAUAAAAUAAAAAGUCUGAAUAGUCUGGUAGAUGAACUACUUAAAGAGAAGAGAAUAUCUGCAGCUCAGUCAUGUGUAAAGGAGAAUGUAUUGUCAAGUUUCAUACAUAUGUAUAUAUAAAUAAAUAAACUUGGUUUUUUAAUUAUAAUUACGUUUCCAGGAUUUUAUCUCGUUCCAGUUGCCUGAAUAACUUUUAAAUCUUCUCUAAGAAUCCUCGGUUUCCUAUGCAAUUCAUUCUAGUCCGCGCGCUUUUUGCCCUGACUAGCUCCAUCUCUCUCUCGGACCUCUUUGUCGUAUCGUUUCAUUGUACAAAUGGGACGGGGCGAUUCCAUCAGUGUUGACAGUUCAUUGGGUAAAACUCACGUGAAAUUCAGGGUCGUAUUGAGAAAGUAGAGGCGGUUAAAAUAUUCCAGCUUAUUGUUUUAUUCCUACAUGACUUGAAAUAUAGCAGUGAUGAUAAACAGCCUUAUUUCGUUUUGUUUCCUUUUUUUAUGCAGUAACUUUUAUAUAAAAAAAGCGUUGUUGCAAAGUAUGGAUUCGUAGCGUACAAAUAAACAACAAAAUACGGCACGGGUAUUAGUAUCUUGAAAAGUGGCAUUUUGUAAGCUUUUUGUGGCAUAACGUUGGUUGGUUUGUCUACAAGAUGUUAACUUGGCACUAACUGUUGUACACUUGUGGUGAACAGUACUAUGUUACCUAAACGUCAUGAUGCUUCAGCUUUGAAUAUUUGGCUCUGAUGUGAUGUAACAUCUGCUUCAGAGAUGGCAUUACUGGAGGUCUGAGCUGUAAGUUGUAUAUUAUAGCUGGAAGGAAAUGGCAGUUCGUAGGUGCAUAGUCGGGAUUUUUGUGCUGAUCUGAGUUGCUGAUAAUUCCAUUGGUUUCUUGUCUCAAAUACAAUUAUGUACUUAGAAAUUACAUAUGCAAAUUUGUUGAAUUUUAAAAAUGAGAGAGAUAAGAAAAGAAAAUCCCUGGCUGAUGACGUAACAGGUGAAAAAAUAUGCUACAGACGUGAAUAACGUCUCUCCAGAAAGGACAACAUAUAAAUAACCCAUCGGACACAGCUUCAUUGGCAGCAUAUUCUAUAAUAAUUUUCUCACAUAGCAAAUAUCGCUUAUUUUAUAUACAUGCAGACCAAUACACAUAAUCAUCCAGAUGCAAUCUUGCUACUCAACCGACUUUCUUUCUGUCACAUCUUCUUAGAGAAAAAACACUACAGACUACCCGGCUUUCUACAACAACAAGCAACAAAUGAUGAAUGUCCUACGCUUUUGACGACGCUCACAGCUAUCAUAGCGAGCAAACGUGGAAUGAACUAUUUGCACACUGAGAACUACCUAGUCUGCAAGAUGACAUUUUUUACAUAAUACCCUGGCCUUGGCAGAUCCCUCAUAAGUGUAUACCACUUGUAGAUAUGGGAUAUUUUGAAUGUCACUAGAUAGUCAGCUGUUAUUUGCUGUCACAUGUGACGUGAAAAAUAAUCUAUAAGCAAUUUUAAGUGAUCUAUCAACCGUAACCGGUCGUCUCUGGUUUUCACUUCUUCAUUUUAAGCGACGCGGCUUGCAACAGCUGUCAAAUGAUGACGUCACGAACUGGUCUUUUGUGGCGUUUCUGUUACUGAUAGUUAAGCCCAAUAACAACCUUGCACAUGUGCUGGUUUCUAUGCGGUUCUGAAUGUAUAACUCUUUUAUUCUUUGUGACUCAUAAUUUUCCGUAAAGGUUAUCAGUGAAAGAAAACUGUAUCAGAUGACAAUAGGCGUAGAACUAAUGAAUUAUUAUGGAG